UUAGUUAACAUGUCCAACGAUUUGUGUUCACCUUUUAAUUGUAACAUUUGUUUAAUGUUAAAAAACCACCAGCCAGAGGAGCAACAAAAUUCCGUACCGCCCAACGAGACCUUUCAACAUUUAUUAACCUGCAGUGGCUGUCAAUUGGUAAAAUAUUGCAAUAGACAACAUCAAAAACUAGACUGGCCCAUACAUAAACAAUUUUGUCAAGCUGUGCUUAAAGUAAAGCAGAAUUUAAAUGUAUCGCAUCCCUUUUAUAUAGCAGGAGUACCACAACUUAGAGAAGACAUAGAAAAAUCUAUAAUACAAUUAAAAUAUUUAUUAAGAAAUGCCUUGGGCCGAUGUUUAGAAUAUCAGGAAGAAGAGCUGAGCUCAUUUCCGCCAUUCUGUGCUCAGUGUUUUAAGUUAAAAAAUCUUAAAGUUAUUUGUAUGAAAUGUAACAGCCAAGCCUAUUGUACGGAGCAGCAUAGAGCGUUGCAUGAGGAAAAGCAUGCUAAAGUCUGUGGUUUAUUAAAACUAUAUUAUUGUCCUUAUAAAGUUCAGCCUGCAAAGGAUGACUUGUGUUUGCAGUUUAAAAGUCAUUUUAACGAUUUUAAAAAACUUGAUCUUGUGGAGUGUUUUGAAAAAGUAUUUUCUUUAAAGUUGCCUUUAGACCCCUGCCAAAGUUUAAAGAAUUACCAAAUGUUUUCAUUAGCAGCCGAUUUUAGUUGUAUUAUGUCUAUUUGUUACACUAUAAAUCAUUUGGAUGUACAGAAUAUGGAUUUAUGUAAAUUUAAUAUUUUUGUAUUGGGAGCCAGUAUUGAGGCAGUCUUGUGGUUUCGUGAAAUUCACUGUAAAUUGUUUUUUAUGCAAAAUCCCCAAAUCACAGAACUGGUGUUGGAUUUUAUAGGUCCCGAGGUAGUGGAACCUGCUUAUACAGAGUUAAAAUUUACUUUUAUGGGUACUGAACGUUUGAUAAAGUUUAAAAUCUAUAAUGGCCUUUUCCAAGACUACUGUAGAUAUUAUAAAGUUAAACCCUCUUUAAUGGUGGCCUUUAAUUGUGGGUUUUCGGAAUUUUCUCAAUGUUAUAACUUGUCACCAACUAUAACCAGCUUAAAUAGUGUGGAACCAUUGGACUUGCCCUAUAAUAAUAUUAAUGCUAAGGAUACUUGGUUUCAAGGACUCAUAGAAAUUUUACAAACCUUUGAUACGCCCAUUGUGUUUACAUCAUUCACCGAACAGGAAUCACAAUUUGAUUUUGCAGCUUUACAAAAUGCAGCCGUUAAGCAAAGGUUAAAAGUACACAUUGAUCGUAUUUUUAAAGUGUCUAAAAAUCCUUAUCAUGACUUGCGUCCCUUAAGGCAGUGGUAUACGCGUGAUAAAGAAGAGUUUUACUAUCGGAAUGGUUAUAUACAGGCAAUACGCACUAAAUUGGAACAGUAAGUUUAAACUUAUUUUUGUUUUUUGGUUUUGAAUUAUGUUUUUUUUAAUUGCUUUUUAGUUAAAUAUGUAUAUUUAUUGUGUUCUU